AUGUUGGAUUCGAAGUCCCCCCAUACCGGUGCCAUUGCAUUCGUAACAGUAGCAGAGCUCGGACUCUGUGUUCUCAUCAAGGAUCAGGUACUGCAGACUCGGCUUUCCCUGCUUGGUGCUACAAUUCUGGUAUCAAAUGUGGCUCUUUGGGCUUUCUGGGUCGUGAUUGUUUACCCCUACUUCGGUUCACCCCUCCGACAUUUGCCUCGACCGAAGGGUGAAUGGCCAUUUAUCGGCCAGGGCAUUGCGCCCCAUCGUAAGCCCUUGGGAGACCUCUAUCUUAAGUGGAUGACCGAGGUGCCCAACGAUGGAUUGAUCACAUAUCGCAGUAUCUUCAACGGUGAUCGUCUGUUGAUCACCAGUCCCCAGGCUAUUGCGGAGGUCCUCGUUCACAAUUCCUACUGCUAUGAGAAGCCAGCUGAGGAGCGUGCCAUCAUUGGUCGCUUCUUAGGCGAUGGCCUCACUAUCGUCGAGGGUGACGUACAUCGUGCUCAGCGAAAGCUGAUGACGCCAGUUUAUACCAUCAAGAACAUCAAAGAACUCUAUCCCGUCUUCUGGAGCAAGGCACACCAGCUGGUCGACAAAGUGGCAACGCAGAUCAAAAAGGAGGAUUUCCCUCCUGAAGCUGCUUCAAAGGACCACGGACCAAGCACCGUUCAGGAAGUUACAUACUGGGCCAACAAGACCACUCUCGAUAUAAUCGGGGUUGCAGGGCUGGGUAAAGACUUUGGGAACCUCGAAGAUAUGAAAAAUGACCUAUUCGAAGUGUAUCAAGAGGUCUUCCAUUACACAACUGCAAAGGACGUUUUCAUGGCUGUCAACCGCACAUUGCCCACAAAGUUUGUGCAAUCGUUGCCCUGGGGCAUCAACGAACGUAUUGACGCCACGACUGUUUUGCUUCGACAGGUUUGUCAGACAUUGAUUGAUGAGAAGCUCUGUGACUUCGAGGAGAACGAGGGUAAAGAGGGCAAGAGCAACGACAUUAUGUCUCUUCUGAUCAGAGCGAGUGGCUGGGGUUCCCGACAGCUCGUUGAACAGCUUCUCACCUUCGUCGCAGCAGGCCACGAAACUUCGGCUUCGUCCUUCAUAUGGUCAUGCUACCUACUCUCAGAGAAUCCGCACGCUCAACUAAAACUAUACAAUGAGCUGACCACCGCCUUAGCCACCGUUGGCACAUCCCCGAGCGCCGCAGACCUAGCUUCUCUUCUUGAAUCCCUUCCCUACCUCAACGCCGUGUGCAAUGAAACACUCCGCUUCUUCCCACCCGUGCCCAUUAUCCGUCGCACAUGCAACACGGCAACCACAAUCCUCGGUGUGCAUAUCUCUUCCGGGACCCGUAUAAUCCUCAGCCCGUGGGCUACCAACCGCAACCCGGCACUGUGGGGAGCGGACGCAGGUGUGUUCCGGCCAGAGCGUUGGAUCAACACGGACACGGGCAAGGCAAACAACCAUGGCGGAAUGCAGAGCAACUACGCCAACCUUACAUUCUCGCACGGACCGCGCAGCUGCAUCGGACAAAAUUUUGCCAAGGCGGAGAUGCGCAGUCUGGUUGCCGUGUGGUGUUCGCGGUUUGGGUUCGAGAGGGCGAGUCCCGAAACUAUUGUCCCGGUCGGCAUCGUGAGCGUGAGGCCAAGGGCCGGGCUGAAUCUUCGAAUCUGGGAAAGAGCCACGGAAUAA